AGGAGGGCAGGUCAGUGGGAGUGUUGAAGGAGCCAGACGACACUGCGCAGCAGAGCUGUCAAACAGUUGAAAUAUCUAACCACGGCAGACGGCAAUUGUGUCUUACUAAUGAGAAAUCAAAAUGCCACAUAAGGGGGACUGUGAGUUUACGGUUUGAGGUCAGCUAUACUUCGUGUAGUUAGCUAGAGUUACUUCGGCGUUGGCUGCAUAACUUCUAGUUUGUUAGCGAACUGGAGUGGCUAACGUUAGCUAGCAUCUCGUCUUGGACUGUUGACAAACUAAACUAGCUAACGGUAUCUAGCUACACCAGCGAGCUAGCCAACUAACCACAAUAAAGUUAGCCGACUAGAUAACGUUACUCUACCAGCUCGUUCAUGGGGAGUAUAUCAAAUAGCCUGCAAGUUAUUAUUGCAGUGAGAUGGAACUAAGUUUGGCCUGUUUCAUCAAGUUGUUGAAGAGUCCAUCAUCUCAUCGUUUUAAUGACACACGACAAGGGCUGUAAAGGGUUGCAAAGGAGUUGUCGAAAAUGUGAAACUUUCAUUGAGUCCUCCACAGAGUUCACAGUGAAGAGGCAAUGAUGGAUCGGAACAAGCGCAACUCCAUCGCCGGCUUCCCCUCCAUGAGGCCUGACCGGCUCGAUGACCUGGAUGGUGGAGGAGGAGGGGAAUGGGCCCCGUCUCAGGUGGGAAGAGUGUGCCCCUCAUCCUACCGUGCCCUCAUCAGUGCCUUCUCCUGCCUGACGCGCCUUGAUGACUUCAUUUGCGAGUGGAUCGGCUCUGGCUUCUUCUCAGAGGUCUACAGAGUGCGCCACAGAGUGUCGGGCCAGGUGAUGGCUCUGAAGAUGAACAAACUGAGCAGUAAUCGAGCCAACAUGCUGAGAGAGGUCCAACUGAUGAACAGACUGUCCCAUCCCAAUAUCCUCCGGUUCAUGGGUGUGUGUGUUCAGGAAGGCCAGCUCCAUGCUCUGACUGAGUACAUCAACGGUGGGAACCUGGAGCAGCUGUUGGACAGCAACAAGCCUCUGAGCUGGGCUGCCAGGCUCAAGCUGGCCUGUGAGAUCGCCAAUGGCCUGGGCUACCUGCACUCCAAAGGCAUUUUCCACCGGGAUCUAACCUCCAAAAACUGCCUGAUCAAGUCUGAGGAGAAUGUCUACACGGCAGUGGUAGGGGACUUUGGUCUUGCUGAGAAGAUUCCCAACCAAGAUGGUGAGGGGGAGAAGCUGGCGGUGGUGGGCUCUCCCUUCUGGAUGGCUCCCGAGGUGCUGAGAGAUGAACCCUACAAUGAGAAGGCGGAUGUGUUCUCCUACGGUAUUGUCCUCUGUGAGAUCAUUGCCCGAAUACAGGCCGACCCCGAUUACCUUCCUCGCACUGAAAACUUUGGCCUGGAUUAUCAUGCCUUCCAGCACAUGGUAGGAGACUGUCCUCAUGACUUCCUACAGCUGGCCUUCAACUGCUGCAACAUGGACCCCAAGCUGCGGCCCUCGUUCCCGGAGCUCGUCAAGAGGCUGGAGGAGAUCCUGUGUCGGUUGAAGGCAGAGGAGUCUGGACGAGAGAGGAUCCCCCUCAGUGGGGAAAAUGACAAGAAGACCAUCCCCAAAGGUCCAGGUGAAAAGGUCCAGGGGAUUAAGAGGUUAAACUCGUUGGGUCUGCAGGACGACAAGAUCCCUCCCAAAUCACCACGUCCUCGUCGCAACAUCUGGCUCUCCCGCAGUCAGUCAGACAUCUUCUCCCGCAAGCCAGGCAGGAAGGUCAAUGUCCAUGACCCUUACUACAACCCAGGCCCCAGGGCUGUGCCAGGGGCCCGCAAGAUCAACCCCUUCAAUGCCCGUGAGGACCUGUGUGGAGGCAAGAUCAAGUUCUUUGACGUGCCAAGCAAGUCCGUGUUCUCCCUGAUGUUCGACUUGCACUCUCUCCAGGACAGCGUGUUUUCCUCUGGGACCCAGACCCACUCUGGAGCCCCUGUCCACCCAGGCAUGUGGCAGGAGACCUGGUUCACCGGCAGGCAGUGCCGCUCUCUGCCUGCCUCCCCCCAGCUGGCCCUCUCAGAUGGCUCCUGCCCCCCGACCUCCUGUCCCAUCUCUGCCACUGUCUACAAGUGUGACCCGGCCCAGCUGGGCCAAGAGGUCAGGCAGAAGGUGCUCAGCGCCUGGGCCAGGAAAUAUGCUGUGAUAGAGAUCCCGCUGUACCAUGGAGGUCAAGAAAAGGUAAAGAAAGAGGAGGAGAACAGAGUAGAUGAGAGCUGGCUUCCUUCUCCCAUGCCCAGUGACAGUGCAGAGGCUAUGGACUGCUCUAGCAGCCAAGGGAGCCCAGUGGAGGACAAGGACAAACACUUCUACCCCAUGCAGGCCCAGAAUGGAGGACCAGUGGAGGACAGUAGAGGCGUGGUGUCUAUGUGUGAGGAGAUGGAGGCUGAGGACCAGGAGGGCAUGCAGCAACAGACCUCCUGUUCCACUGUCACCCUCAGCCCAGCCACAAACGGAGGCCAUCUGAGUCCCAUCGUACUGGUGCCAUGUACGGCCAUACACGCCUCCACAGAACUGCCAUCUUAAGUGUGACAUCUAGGACUAAACAGGUCAUGGAGAAAAGGCGCUUUGAGAGAGACACUCUUCAGAGAGACCCUCAGAUCAUCUUUAUCGAUGCUUUGCAGAUAGAUUAUUUUUUUCAAGAUUGUUUUUAUUUAAUAUACUGAAAAGUGCUUAUUUUCUUUCUUAAAGUUGUCCCUAAACCAGGGUUCUUCUAAUUCCUUGAUGUUAUUUGUGUGUAUGCUGGUUUUAAAUCACUGCCUACUCCUUGAUGUUUUAUUGUGAUUAUAUUCUGCCCCAUAGGGAAAUGCAUGGAAGUACAUGUACAGUUGAAGUCGGAAGUUUACAUACACCUUAGCCAAAUACAUUUAAACUCAGUCUUUCACAAUUCCUGACAUUUAAUCCUUGUAAGAAUUCCCUGUUUUAGG